AUGUCGACAAAUAUUAACUUGGGUCUAACUAGGAUUUAUUCUCUUCUUGAUUUACUUGAUAAACCUCAUCAAAGACUCUCUGUAAUUCACAUAGCUGGUACGAAUGGUAAAGGGUCUGUUUCUGCAUAUAUUGAUCAAAUAAUUAUAAAAUCAGGUUUUAAAACCGCAAGAUUUAAUUCUCCCCACCUAAUUGAACCUUAUGAUUCUAUAAGGAUAAAUGGUCAACCGAUUCAAAAAGAUGAUUAUACUAAGACUUAUAAUUUUAUUAAUUCUAUUAAUUCCAAUAACAAUAUCGGCGCAAGUUCCUUUGAAUUAUUAACUGCUACAGCAAUUUGGUGGUUUGACUUUCAAAAAGUUGAUUUGGCUAUCAUUGAAGUUGGACUUGGUGGAAGAUUAGACGCUACAAACGUUUUCGAAUCUCCUAAUAUUAGCAUUAUUACCUCUAUAGGAAUGGACCACAUGAACUUUUUGGGAAAUAGCAUUGAAUCAAUAUCAAAGGAAAAAGCUGGUAUUAUGAAAACUGGUUGUAAAGUUGUGAUCGCUCCACAAAUUGAACAAGUGGCUGAGAAUACAUUAAAGAAAUGUUCUGAGGAUAUUGGUUGUUCACAUAUAAUCUUCGUUAAACCUGCGACAUGGAAAUCAGAAAUGGUCGGACUAGCAUCAAUGGAUUUAUUGGAUAAAACACAUUUUGAAUUUUUUAUCCCACUUAAAGGUGAUUUUCAACUUGAAAAUGCUGCUACAGCAGUUUUGGCAAUUGACCUUUUGAGAAAGGCUGAACCUAAAUUUUCUAUAAUAACAAAUGAUCAUAUUAAGGAUGGGAUAACUUGCGCGCAAUGGCCAGGAAGGUUACAAUGGGUUGAUGUUUCUAAAAUCAUAAAAUUAUCAAAAACAUCACAAGUAUUGGUUGAUGGUGCACAUAAUCCAUCUGCAGCCAAAGCACUUAGAAAUUAUGUUGAUAAGCAAUUACAAUUACAAAAUAAGGAAAUUACAAAGACUUGUAAUGUUUGUUGGAUUUUUGCCGCCACAAAAGAAAAAGAUAUUUCGAAAAUACUUGAGUUAUUAAUGAGAAAUGGUGAUUCAUUGUUUGCAGUGAGUUUUACGAAUGUUGAGGGGAUGCCUUGGGUUAAAUGUUAUGAUCCACAAGUUAUUUUAGAAUAUGCAAAUUCGUUAGAAUCAAAGAUUAAUUCAAAAGUUGUAGAAAAUUUAGGUGAAGCGCUACGUCAGGCAUUUGUAAGUUACAACAAACAAUAUCGAAUUGUGGUUUUAUGUGGAAGUUUGUAUUUGGUCGCUGAUUUAUUCAGAAUGCUUCAAUGA